AUGUGACUGCUGAGUCAGUUAAACUGUAGUACAGAGGCGAGAAUGGUCAGAGAGCAAUGCAGCAGCCAAAAGAAACUGGACAGCUGAAAAACUUCUCUUAGCUACUCAGGAUGGACAGAACACUGUCGUGCUAAUCAUGGCUACUCCAGACCAGGAUCAGGAUCAAGGUAGCUAGACUCAGUUUGAGCUCUAAGUCAAAGGCCAAAGGUGGUGUCCCAAACUAGGAGGAUCAGGAUUGUGUGUGAGUGUGAGCGAUGGAGAGAGAACACCACUCCCAUCUCAGAAGUAAGCCAGAAGUAGUGACCAUCCCAGCUCUAUACCGCGUGGCCCUGUGUGGUGGUACCCAUGGCAACGAGCUGGCGGGGGUUUACCUGCUGCGCCAGAGCAUGAGGAGGAAGCGGAAGGGUAGCAUGGUGGAUCCGGUUACUAUGGUAACGGUGAUGACGAACCCGCGCGCUGUGCAGCAGUGUGUACGUUACACGGAGAUGGACCUCAACCGCUGCUUCACACACACUACACUGAGUGCCCCGGUCUCUGAUGUCACCCCGUAUGAGGUUGUUCGCGCUCAGGAGCUGAAUGCUCUGCUUGGUCCUAAAGGCAGCUCUGCAGCGGUGGAUCUGCUCUGUGAUCUUCACAGCAGCACUGCGAACGUGGGCCUCUGCCUCAUCACUCAUUCCGACAGUGACUGGAUCUGCCUGCACAUCUGUAAACACCUGCAGAGGGAGCUGGCCACCAUUCCAGUGCGGUAUGUCCAUUACGAUGUUCCUAAGAGUGAGGCUUACACAUUGCACUCUGUUGGGAAACAUGGCUUUGCGAUGGAGGUUGGUCCUCAGCCACAUGGUGUGAUCAGAGCCAACGUUUUUACUGCCAUGCAGGAAGCUGUUCAUCUCACACUUGAAUGGGUUCGUCUAUUCAACUCAGGGACCCAGUUUGAGGGCGGCUCAGUGGAUGUUUAUACGAUGGUGGAGAACAUAAAAUACCCUCACGAUCCUCACACACACACCAUCACAGCUGCUGUGCAUCCAGAACUACAGGAUAGAGAUUUCUGUCUCCUGCACCCGGGUGACCCCAUCUUCCUCUCUUUCUCCGGAGAGACUCUGAGGUACAAAGGGAAAGAGGCACUAUAUCCUUUCUUCAUCAACGAGUGUGCGUUCUAUGAGAUGGGUGUCGCUCUGUCCCUUGCGAGGAGAAGGAAGGUGGAGAUUCCAGCCAUCCAGUGCAGCAGAACGUGAAGGACAGGCUCCAGAAUGAAAGAGAGAUACAGAGACUCCAGUGUGAUACAGACUGGUCUUCUUAAAUAUGUCCUUGAAGAUUUUCAAUCGUGCCACAACCCAUUACUACUCCAUACCAAAAACUUGAACCUCAAAACCUCUACUCUAACCAGAACUCCAACACCAACCUCUAUCCUCAACUCCUAGCCCCUUACCCCUAAACAAGCCCUCUAACCAUGAUACACCACUUAUCUAACUAGAAUGCUGAAGUCUUAACAUGUUUAUCUAAUCAUGUCAAUGACGGGAAUCACACAUUGUUUAAAUGCCUGGAAUUUCCAAUGAAGACCCUUAUUGAGUGGAGAAGCAGCUUCAGUCUAUACCUUCAUAUGGUGAGGUAGUAGCUUGCCACUUAAAGUGCCCAAGGAAUAAAAAUUGUUGUUUCAGAACUUUCUCAGCACUUUGUACAAGUCUUUUGGUGUUACUGACAUCUGAAUGCAAGAAUAUUUUUAAAAAUGUCAGAAAUUUGUUGUUGUAGAUACUUAUUUCUGUAGAAAAAAUGUCUAAGUUCAAGGUUGGGGUUUUCUCUAGAAUUCUGCCAGUUAUUCUGAAUCUUGGAAAUAAGUCAUUCACCCCAACAUGUCUUGUUUCAAAAUAAAAC